CUUGGCUUGAUCAACAAUGUAAGCUGUCCACUGCUCGCGUAAAGACAACUGCCUUGGUGGCGGCGGUCCAGUCGAUGGGGACGGCACCAUGGCGGCACCGGUAAAGCCACAUUGAGCCACACGCUGGAGUACAGCUUCGUUCUCGGACGCUGGGCACUGGAUCAGUACACGCUUGGACGACUGAGAUAGGUACAUGUGGCCAUGCUCGUCUUGCGCCCACUUUUCCUCUUGUGUCGUCAAGUACACGUCGCGACUGCGAAGGCGCAAUAGGGUCGGGGCUUGGCACACAAACUCUGGGUCCGUGGUGGUCGCAUCCACGUCGGCAGUGGCAUCUUCUUGCGCGACUUCAUUCUCCUCCAACGGAUCAGGUUUUCCAUCAGCGGCAUUGUUGGUUGCAGUGGGAACAAGUGGGGUAUCUUCUUCAUGCUCAGGCUCGUUGGUAGCAAGACUCUCGGCUGUCGAGUGUCUCCCGCCAGGCAAGAGGCACCAACCGGCAAGACCAAAGCACAACGCGAGAUACCGCAGCCACAUGACAAUGCGAAACUCACUUAUGCAGUAAAUCCACGUCACAGCGGCACCCAGAAUGACGGCUUGGACGGCAUUCGCGUACGGCGCCGGCAUCGGUGCCAUCGUCG